GAGAUAUUCAAAAGAAUUGAGAUUCCUUCUACGAUGAGGACCUUGUGCACAGUAGCUACAGACAUAAUCCCAACUACACCAAAAUUACCAAUUUGCCACCACAGUCGUCUUCUCCCCCUCAAUUUCUCGCCAUUUCUCCAUUAUUCUGCGAUUCGUUCACUCAAAAGUACGAGAAUAGCAGUGAAAUCCACUAGAAGAACAAUAGCUGCAAAAGCUUCAUCAAUGGCGGCAGAUGGUGAUUCGCAGACUACAAAACCAUUCUCAGUUCUAUUCGUUUGCCUCGGCAAUAUCUGUAGAAGCCCAGCCGCCGAGGGUGUAUUCAAGCAUCUCGUCAGUCAACGGAAUCUCGACUCAAAAUUCUACAUUGAUUCUGCAGGCACCAUCAAUUACCACGAGGGCAAUCAAGCGGAUCAAAGAAUGAGAGCAGCUUCGAAAAGGCGUGGAAUCGAGAUAACUUCGUUGUCGAGGCCAAUUAGGGCUUCUGAUUUUAGGGAUUUUGAUCUUAUUCUUGCAAUGGACAAGCAAAACAGAGAGGAUAUAAUCGGUGCGUUCGAGAGGUGGAGGCACAGAGAGACAUUGCCUGCUGAUGGAGCUAACAAGGUUCAGUUAAUGUGUUCGUACUGCAAGAGACAUAGUGAAACGGAAGUGCCCGACCCCUAUUAUGGUGGACAACAAGGUUUCGAGAAGGUUCUGGAUAUGCUUGAAGAUGCUUGUGAGUCACUACUGGAAAAAAUUGUUACCGAGAAAAGUCUUGGUUGAGUUUCGAAGCUGUGCAUGUUGGAUCUUUGAUUGUUGGCACAUCGCAAAUGCUCAUUGGCUGUCUUAGUUUCGCCACAUAAUUUGCAUUUGCAAUUAUUCACCAAUUAGAUUAUGCUUAUUGUUUUCCAGUAUUGGUUAAUCUGUUUUGGCUGUAAUUCAGAGUUAAAUUUAACUGAACAUUUGUUUCGAACUAUUAUUUGUAUACAUACACAACAUGCUGGAUAUG